AUGAAAGGGGACAUAGAUAGCCCAUAUCAAUGCCGAUUUUUAAACGCUGAAACCCGUGAAUCAGUACUCGACGAUAUCAAGAAACAGCUCCACGAUGAGCGCAGAAAGAUGUUCGUCAAGCAGCAAGAUUUGCAGCGGAGGAAGAACGAGCUGGUUACGCUCGUGAGAACGAAAUACCCCGACAGCAAAGAAUACUCGGAGAAAGCCGAUGGAAGUGCCAUUUUCAGCUCCGUUCCGAUUCCAGGAUCUUCCGGAGCUGAAGUUGAGAAAGCAGAAGAGAAUGAGAAGGAACUUCCAGAUGAGAAACCAGACGAUCGACUUCAAACAUCGAGAAAUGAUGGCGAAACUCGGGACAGUGGUGAUGAAGCUUACGAUCCCGAGAACGCUACUUUUAGCGGAGGCUACGCCGACUGCUACGAUGGCGAUUCUGAUUUCUCCGGUGGUGGGCACCUUCAUCAGGACCUCGCCGAUUUGGACAUCGACAACGACUUUGAGGGUGACACUACCGACGAUGAAACUGACACGGACCCAGAGGAAGAUCAUGAGCCUGGCCUCCUUGAUGAUGAUGAGGAUUAUGACCAUCAGGACUUCGGCAACCUCGAUGGUUUCACCGAGGAGGACAUGAACUACGACAAGCACGAUGAGUACGAGACUGGCCUCUACGCUUGGGAUCGAAUUUAG